GACACAACCCAAACCAAGGCCGGAGGCGGCACAAGAAACAAAAACCCCGCGCCCGCAACGGGAAGAGGGCAAGAGAGAGCGGGAAGCAACGCCGGAAGCCGCAGAAAAACGCCGCCACACGCCGCGACCACACAAACGGAACAGCCGGGCGAGGCAACCGAGCAAAGGCGCGGCGAAGGAGAAAACCCGCAACAAAACGCCUAGAGAGCCGCCAAGCCGACGAAGCACGAAGCGCAGGCACAGAGGGGGCCGGCCAAGCACGAAGAGCCGCAAGCGGCGCGGACAACCCGAAGACCCGCCGGGACACCACGGGGCCCCAAGAAGGCGACAGACGCAAGCCAAAACGCGCACGGGGAGAACGGGGCAGAAAGCCGCGGAGCGCGCAAAGGCGGGAGCACGAGCCGCAAAGGCGGCGCAGGCGCACGCCGGCGCCCGAGGAGACCAGAGGGCAGCAAGGAAGACAAGGACAAAGAAAGCAAGGAGGCCGAACACACGGGCAGCAAGCCAGAAGGCGGCAGGGGCGGAGGCAACCCAAAAGACAGCACAAGGAACGCAGAGGGCCAGAACGAGCCGAAAGGCGGCGGAGGGAGGCCGCGGCCCGAAGCCGCAACGGGGGGAGCCGGACGAAAGCAAGCGGAGAAAACACGGCCACCCGGAAGGGAGCAAACAAAGCAGCAAGACGAGGCAGGGGGAACGGGCCACCGGCACCGGGGCAGCGGCCGGAGGCAAGACACCAAGCGCAGAGACCGGCCGGCGCGGCACGAAGAGGACGGGGCACCCCAAGGCGAGACACGAGGCCGAAGGAAGCCCGGAGCGAAGAGAGCCGGAAGCGGAACACGGAGCGCCGGGAGCGCGACGGGGGCCAGACGGACGGGGGAGAGAAAGGGCGGAGGGCCCGGCGCGACGCAAGAGAAAAGCAAGGGCACGAGCAGGAGGGAGACCAGGCAGAGCGGCAGGAAACACAGCGGAAACGCCGAACAAGAGGACGGAAGCAACGGAGGACCCGCCCGACGAACAGCCGAACAGAAGCGAAAGAAGCCAAACACCCGCGAGCCACAACCGCGGGGCCCGAACAAAAGAGAGCACCCCAACGGCGGGCGACACAAGAGCCCGGCCACACCACGGGGGAAGACCAGGCAGGGCGAAAGGAACGGCGGAGCAGAGCAAGCCAAGACCGCAGGGGGGAGAGAACCAAGCCAGACCCAAAAGCAAAGCAAAAGCCACCAGGCAAGCAAAAGAGAGCAACCCGAGGGGCGCGCCGCGGAAGAGGCACCACACAGGAGCGAAAGACCGGAGCCACGACGAAAGAAGCACCGACGGGGGGAAACACGCAACGGCGCAACCAAGAGCGCGGGAGCAGACGCAAGCGAGAGCACAAGAAACAGAAGAGAGGAAGAAGGAGAGCCGGGAGCAAAGAAGGCGGAGGCGGGCGGAGGGCAGAAGAACACGGACCGGGGAGCACAGCGGCCGAGGCGCAGCAGCGGCGCGAGCGGGAGCGGCAGAAAAGGGGCCGGGACGCCCCGACCCGGGGCAGCGGCGCGGCCCCCGAACGGCCGCCGCGGGGACCACCCCGGAGACCCGGGGGACCACCCCGACGGGCCGGCCCGGGCCGCGGCCGCGAGCGGGAGGGGCGGGCGCAGGCCGAGCGGCCGGGGGAGCGGGGAAGGCGAACCGGCGAGGGGGACACGCGCGGGCCCAAGGAGCGAACGCCCCACACGCAGAACACCCGGGGACGGGCGACGGAGAGCGGGAGGGCGGCGACCCCGGCCAGAAGAACCAGCGGGGAACGAGCGCGGCCCCGACGAGGACCGGCACGAAAACCAAGAGGGGGGGCGGAGCACCCGCCGAGGCCGGGAGAGAGCCGGGAAGGGGCGACGAGACGGACCCGACGGAAACCGCGGCGGAGAGCGAGCAGAAGACGCGCGGGGGCGGAAACGGCGCCGAGCAGGGCGAGCCGCCGGCGAGCGCGCGGGCCGCGGCCCCCGGGGGCCGCGCGACGGAGCGGCGCGAGAGGGCGGGCAGGGCCACGACAGCCAGAAAGGAGCGGCCCGCGGAGACGAAAGACGGAGGCGCAAGCCGCAACGGGAGGCGCAAACCCCGAACAAAACAACGAACCCGCGCCGCCGCAGGAGGGAAGAGCAGGGCGGCAGGCCGGGAGAGCGCGGGGAAGCGGGCCGCAGACGCGGAGACGGGCAGGGAGCCCGGCGCGAACCGAGCAAACGGAGCGCGGAGCGGAGCGGAGGCGCCGGGGAAGAAAGCGGGCCAAGAAGGCCGCGGAAAACGCAGGCCAGGGACCGGGGGAGACCCAGCGGGCCGGGGCGCGAAGGAGGGACGCCACCACGGCCGGCGGGACCGGCGAACGGGGAAGCGGGAAGGCGGCGCCGCGCGACGCCACGAAACCCAAAGGCGGGAGCCGCGCGCGGCAAGGAACGAGAAACGCGGGGGCAGCCGCCCCCACGGCCCAGAAAACCGCGGCGGGAGAGGCGAAGGAACACCCCGAGCAGCGGCGGCGCCGGAGGGCAGGACGCCCGCCAAAGCGGCAGGCGGAACAACCGGGGCCGCGAGCGGCGGAACAACCGGGACCGCGGGGGAGGCGGGCCCGGCGGGACGGGAACGGCGGAGCGGGGCCGGCGGCAGACCCCCAAGGGCAGCGAGGAGCGGGACGAGCAGCGCCGGGAGAGCGGGAGCGGCCACAGGCGCGGGCGGGGGCGGGGCGGGGCCCGGCCCAGCGGGGCGGCGGGGCGGGAGCGGGGGGGCGCGAGCACCGGCGCCGGAGGGGGCGCGCGGGCCGGGGGGGGCGGGACGCGGGCACGACCGCGAGGGCGGCCGCGACCCCGAGCGGGGGCCCGACCACGCGGGCGAGCCAGCCCGAGAAAAGAGGGGACAAGGAAGAGGGCAGAAACCGAGAAGACACACAAGGCACGACAGGGAGACAAAAGCGACACGGGCCGAAAGACAGCCGGGAGCCGCCCGAAGAGAAGGAACGGACGGCGCCGGACCGAGCGGCAGGACGCGACGAGACGGGAGCGCGGGACAAGGGAGACCGACGAACCGGGGCGCGGAGACCAAGGGGCACGACCCGAGGGACAAGGCAGGAGGGCACCGACGAGAACCCACCAGCAGGGAAGCCAACCCGGAACCCGGAACAACAAGGAAGGGGGCGGAGGGGAGAAAGAAACAAGAGGAGGCAAAGAACAAGAGAAACAGGCGGAAGCAAACCAAAACAGAGAGACAAAGAAAGAGCCCGCCCAGAACCGGGAAGGCACAGGACAGAGCGACGACAAAAGGAGGACAAGGCCCAAAACGGGACAACAGAGACGGGACGGGCGCGAAAGGAAAAGACAAGGCGAGAGAGACAGAGGGAGACGGAAAGAGGACAAAACGCCGGGGGCGCACCCCCGGCGCCGAGAAGGCGACGCCAAGCGCGAGCAACGCGGGCGACGAGGGCGCGGACCGGCAGCACAAAAGAGAGGCAGAGCGGAGCAGGAGGACCAAAACAACAGGGACCCAGGAGGCAGCAGGGCCGACGGAGCAAGAGAAGCAAAAGGGAACGGAAAGGCAAAGAAAGGGGCACAGCAAGGGCAAAGAGGAGGAAAGGGGGGAGGACACGAGCGGACAGGCAACAAAGACAAGGAAGCGAACGAACGCCGCCGGGCGCCCAGAAACCCGACGGGGACGCGCGGGCACAAGAAAAGAAACCACCGGCACGGACCCCCAGAAGCCCGGCAGAGGCACGGCAGGGAAGGAAAAGAAGGGAGCGAGAAGGGCGAGCACAAGAGGACCAAGGCCGGACGGGAACGAACCAGGCCCAAGAGAGCCAAGAGCGCAGGACGGCCCGGACGGAAGCGGAAGCGCGCCAACCGCCAAAACCGCAACCGACAGAGGAGAGGAAGCAAGACGAAACGGAAGCGGGAGGGAGGAAGGGGGAAGACACCACGGGCAAGCGGGACCACGGACGCGAACCGGGACGAGAGCGAAGGAGGCAACCGAGAGGGGCGGGACCACGGACGCGAACCGGGGGGGAGCCAAAGGGCGGGCACGGGGGGCGGGACCACGGACGCGAACCGGGGACGGGAGCCAAAACCAGAGCACAGGGAAGCGGGACCACGGACGCGAACCGGGGACGGGAGCGAAGCCGGGACAGAAGGAAGCGGGACCACGGACGCGAACCGGGGACGGGAGCGAAGAGAAAAGCAGGGCAGGAGGGAGACAAGGGCAGAAGCGGAGGACCGACGAGCAGACGCAAGGCGGCGAGAGCAGGCGACAAGGAGCGGACCGGCCGAAACGACGGCGGAAAAAGGGCGACGGCCCAACGACAGCCGAAAGCGCGCAAGGCGAGGGCAACACGAGGCGAAGCCGAGACGAAGGCCAAACAGACGGCAAAGCAAGAGGAGCAGAGACACCACAAGAGAGGGAGAGGCAAGAAGAGCAAGAGACAGGCGGGCAGAAGCCAACACGGCCCGAAAGAAGGGCGAAGGCAGGAAGGAGAGAAAGGGAGCAGGCGCGACACCCGAACCCCGCCAGACGCAAGCAAAGCAAGAAACAAGGCCGAAACAGGCGCAAGCGCACGAGAGAAACCAGAGCCGACCGGAAAGCCGACCACGCGGGCGCCAACGCACGGGACCGGAGCGGGCCCGCCGAACGGGCGCCAAAGGCGGCCCCACGAACAAAAGGGGAAGCACCGCGGCAGGACGAAGAGAGGGACACGAAAAGGAGAGGGGGCGGAGACGGACCCAAAAGCGGGGCGAAAACGGGAGGGGGGGCCCACAAGGGGAAGCGCAAAACGAAGCCGGGGAAACGGCCCAAAGACCGGACGAAACGAAGACCCCAAAAGGGAGCACAAACAGAGGCCGAAAACACCGCAAAGCAGCCACAACAAGGAAAAGGGCAGCCCCGGGAGCACCAAGGGCGGAAAAACGAGACCCGGGCAACCCAAACAGAGGAGACCACGACGAGCCGGGCGAAAAACGCGACAAGGGAGCCGCAAGAAGGACGCAAAACGGACGAAGAGGAGCAAGAGCGCACAGGGCAAAAGGCAACAACAAGGCAAGCCGGAAAGCACCCGGCAGGGGCGAAAAGGAGGCGGACCGCAAACGAAGCCGCCCCGCGCGGGGCGGAGAGCACCGCGAGAGGCCCCGCGAAAGGCGCGGGAAGGGGCCGGGGAAGCACGGAAGGGGGACGCAAAAGGAAGGAGCAAGCGGAGGGGAAGGGAGGAAAAAAAAGGGACGAAAGGCGGCCGAAAGGCGGGAAAGGGCCAGAGGGCCACGCCGCGGCCACGGGGCGGCCGGGCGCGGCCACGGCACCGCCGCGGCAAAAGGCGACAACCCGGCAAACGGAAAGGGCGAGGGGCGGACGCGGGCGGAGGCGGAAAAAGACAAACCGAGAGGGAAGCGGAGGGGAAAGAGAGGGCGGACGCAACGGGGAAGGCGGAAGGGCCAGGGGGAGCGCGCGGCGAGGAAAAGGGGGGCCCACACCCAGGAGCGGGGGAACCAGAGGCCACAACGGCCAGCGAAAGCCGCGGGAAGGGAACAAAGGGGCGGGCGAGACCAAAAGCGAGCGGCCGAAGCGAACCGAGCGGGCAGAAGGGCAGCGGAGCACGGCGGCCAAGAAGGGGGACCAAAGGCAACGGGGCGACCGAACAGGCAGGGCCAGCAAGGCAGAAAGGACGGGGGGGCGCGACAGGAAGGCGCGAGACGAGGGAAAGAAGGCGGGAAGGGAAAAAGGACCGGGAGGGGCAGGACAAGAGCCACGACGAAAAGAACGGGCGGCCGCGAAAGGAAGAGGCAAGAAGGACCGGAAGGCGCAAAGAAGCGGGGAACGGGCCCGCAGCGCAGGCGCGGCGCCCAGGGAGCCGCCGCAACGGGACGAGGGCGCCAACGGACCGGAACAACAGGAAGGGCGCGCGAGCGCAAGCGCCGCACAGCGCGGGCGAGAAGGGCAACGGGCGCCGCGACAAAGGGCAAACGAGCAGCCAACGCGACGGCAGCAGACGGGAGCACAGGGACGCAGCAGGAACAGACCGCCGCAACAGCGAAACAGGAAACACGGGGGGAGGGCGGAAAAGCGGGAGGAGGGCCAACGCAGAAGCAACCGCCCCAACGGGCCGGAGGAGCGCAAAGGGCCCAAGGACCGGGGCGAAGCGGGCCCCGCCGCCCAAACCGCAGCACGCCCGGCAGGGGCGACACACGGAGGAAGACCCGAGCACCAACAGAGAAGCGCAAAGGCCGGCGCCGCGAGCCGCAGAACGCGGGGGCCGACGCGGAGCCGGCCGGAGCCGAGCCGGAAGCACCCGCACCGGAGCCAGGGCCGCCGGAAGCAAAGCGGACCACGCGGCCGAGGCGCGGGAGACGCAAACCAACCAACGGGAGAGCGACAACGCCGACCAGAGAAGGCCGCGAAGGGGGCCAGCGGAAGACGGAGGGGGAGCGGGGGAGACGCAAACGCGGCCAAAGGCAAGAACGGGGCCCACGGACCGCCAAAAGCCAGAACACAAGCCCGCAACAGGCCGCAAGAACCGGAAGCGGGCGCGCCGACGGACCAGCAGGCGGGGGGGAAAGCGGGCGAAGGGCAACACGGGGACCCAACGCAGCCGGGAAGGCCGCCAGAAGCGAGAGGGAACGGGGGCCCCGAGCGGAGAGGAGGAAACAGGCACACCAGGAAGACGAACCACCGCGCGAAGGAGAGACGGGCAACCGCGCAGCACGGAGGAAGGAGGACAGGAAGGAAGGGGCGGACGGAGGCAACCGAGCCACGAGGACCCAAAGGCGGCAACACCGCGAGAAGGCCGAGGAACCCCACAACGAAGGCCAGAGGGAGACGCGCCCACGGCCACGCCGGAAGGGGAAGCGCGGAACGCGCCACCAGGCCGCAAAGGCGCGGCCGGACCGGCGGGCAGCACAAGCAACGGGAAACAAAGGCAGCAAGAGCGCGCCGCAGGCCACGCCACCAGGAAGGGGCCGCAAGCACGAGACAGCGGCGCGGGCCCGGAGGGAGAGAGGAGCGAGACGCAGGGCCGCAGAAAGGAGCAACGGGAGCAAAGCCCCAACGCGGGAACACAGAGGCGGCCGGCAAGCGCAACACGCCAGCAGGAGCGAAGGGAGCCGGACCACCAGCACCCGCGAACACGCGAGCGCGAAGGGCCACCAAGGCCGCAGCCGCAAACGGACAACCACGGAGCCGAGCAAGCAAGGAAGACGGAACGCCCAGAGGCCAAGACACGGCGAGAAGCGGAGAGAGCCAACCGAAGCAGGCGAGGGCGAAGACGGAAGGGCCAAGCAAGGGGCGCGCCGCAACAGAGAAGAAGGCGAGACGACCCAGACGCACGGCCGGCGGCGCAAGGCGGCCGCGACCACAGGCGCCGGGCCCGGAGGAGAGAGAAGAGAGAGGGCAGAGGCCGGCAGGAGCGCAAGCCAACGACGCGGCCGCGAAGGAAGGGCCCGCGGGCGCAGGAGGGACGGAAGACGCCGGGGAGCGGAGAGAGCGCACAGCGAACGCCAGACAGGAGGCCGCCAAAGCGGAAGGGCAAAAACACCGCCGCCAACGCGAAGGCAGGGGGGGGAGGGGCGCGCGGAGCGGAAGCGGCCGCGACGCAGAAGCAAGAACCCGGCCCGGCGGCAGCAAGACACAACCCAAACCAACGCCGGAGGCGGCACAAGAACCGGAAGCCCGCGCCCGCAACGGGAAGAGGCAAGAGAGGAGCGGGGGCAAGAACGCCGGAGCCGCAAAAAGCGCGCCGCACACGCCGCGACCAAACAAAGGAACAGCCGGGCGAGGCAACCGAGGCAAAGGCGCGGCGAGAGGAGAAAAGCCCGCAACAAAACGCCGAGAGGAGCCGGCCAAGCCGACGAAGCGACGAAGCGCAGGCACAGAGGGGGGCCGGGCCAAGCACGAAGAGCCGCAAGCGGCGCCGGAGCAACCCGAAGACCCGCCGGGGACACCACGGGCCCCAAGAAGGCGACAGACGCAAGCCAAAACGCGCACGGGGAGAACGGGGCAGAAAGCCGCGGAGCGCGCAAAGGCGGGAGCACGAGCCGCAAAGGGGCGCAGGCGCACGCCGGCGCCGCGAGGAGACCAGGAGGGCAGCAAGGAAGACAAGGACAAAGAAAGCAAGGGAGGCCGGAACACACGGGCAGCAAGGCCAGGAAGGCGGCAGGGGCAGGAGGCAACCCAAACGACAGCACCAAGAACGCAGAAGGGCCAGAACGAGGCCGAAAGGCGGGCGGAGGGACGGCCGCGGCCCGAAGCCGCAACGGGGGGAGCCGGAGCGAAAGCAAGCGGAGAAAAGACCACGGCACCCGGAAGCGGAGCAAACAAAGCAGCAAGACGAGGCAGGGGGAACGGGGCGGCACCGGCACCGGGGGCAGCGGCCGGGAGGCAAGACACAAGCGCAGAGGACCGGCCGGCGGCGGCACGAAGAGGACGGGGGCACCCCAAGGCGAGACACGAGGCCGAAGGAAGCCCGGACCCAAGAGAGCCGGAAGCGGAACACGGAGCGCCGGGAGCGCGGCAGGAGCCAGCCGAGAGGGCGGAAGAGAAAGAGGCGAGGACCGGGCGCAAGCGCAAGCGGAAAAGCAACAGCACGCGCGGGGGGAGGCCAGGGAGAGCAGGAGGAAACACAGCGAGGAAGCACGAACAACAGGAACGGACGCAACCGGAGGAACCGCCCGACGCACAGCACGACAGAGGCCAAAGAGGAAAGCACCGCGAGCCACGAGCCGCCGAGCACGAAAAAAGAGAGAACCCCAACGGGGGGCGACCACGAGAGCCCGGCCACACCACGGAGGAAGACCGGAGGGCGAAGGAACGGGCGGAGAAAGCAAGCGAAAACGCGCGAGAAGGGGAGAACCAAGCCAGGCCCAGAAGCACAGCAAAAGCAACCAGGGCAAGCAAAGAAGGGCAGCCCGGGGGCACGCCCCGGAGAGGAACGAAGCAAGAGCGAAAGACCGGAGCCACGACGAAAGACGCACCCACGGGGGGCGACACACGCAACGGCGCGACCAGAGGCGCAGACAGCAACGCAAGCGAGAGCAGAGAAACAGAACAGACGAAAAAGGAGAGCCGGGAGCAAAGAAGCCAAGGCGGGCGGGGGCAGAAGAACACGGGACCGGGGAGCACAGCGGCCGAGGGCGCAGCAGCGGCGCGAGCGGGAGCGGCAGAAAAGGGGGCCGGGACGCCCCGACCCGGGGCAGCGGCGCGGCCCCCGAAGCGGCCGCCGCGGGGACCACCCCGGAGACCCGGGGGACCACCCCGACGGGCCGGGCCCGGGCCGCGGCCGCGAGCGGGAGGGGCGGGCGGAGGCCGAACGGCCGGGGGAGCGGGGAAGGCGAACCGGCGAGGGGGACACGCGCGGGCCCAAGGAGCGAACGCCCCACACGCAGAACACCCCGGGGACGGGCGACGGAGAGCGGGAGGGCGGCGACCCCGGCCAGAAGAACCCAGCGGGGAACGAGCGCGGCCCCGACGAGGACCGGCACGAAAACCAAGAGGGCGGGGCGGAGCACCCGCCGAGGCCGGGAGAGAAGCCGGGAAGGGGCGACGAGACGGACCCGACGGAAACCGCGGCGGAGAGCGAGCAGAAGACGCGCGGGGGCGGAAACGGCGCCGAGCAGGGCGAGCCGCCGGGCGAGCGCGCGGGCCGCGGCCCCCGGGGGCCGCGCGACGGAGCGGCGCGAGAGGGCGGGCAGGGGCCACGACAGCCAGAAAGGAGCGGCCCGCGGAGACGAAAGACGGAGGCGCAAGCCGCAACGGGAGGCGCAAACCCCGAACAAAACAACGAACCCGCGCCGCCGCAGGAGGGAAGAGCAGGGCGGCAGGCCGGGAGAGCGCGGGGAAGCGGGCCGCAGACGCGGAGACGGGCAGGGAGCCCGGCGCGAACCGAGCAAACGGAGCGCGGAGCGGAGCGCGGAGGCGCCGGGGAAGAAAGCGGGCCAAGAAGGCCGCGGAAAACGCAGGCCAGGGGACCGGGGGAGACCCAGCGGGCCGGGGCGCGAAGGAGGGACGCCACCACGGCCGGGCGGGACCGGCGAACGGGGAAGCGGGGAAGGCGGCGCCGCGCGACGCCACGAAACCCAAAGGCGGGAGCCGCGCGCGGCAAGGAACGAGAAACGCGGGGGCAGCCGCCCCCACGGCCCCAGAAAACCGCGGCGGGGAGAGGCGAAGGAACACCCCGAGCAGCGGCGGCGCCCGGAGGGGCAGGACGCCCGCCAAAGCGGCAGGCGGAACAACCGGGGCCGCGAGCGGCGGAACAACCGGGACCGCGGGGGAGGCGGGCCCGGCGGGACGGGAACGGCGGGAGCGGGGGCCGGCGGCAGACCCCCAAGGGCAGCGAGGAGCGGACGAGCAGCGCCGGGAGAGCGGGAGCGGCCACAGGCGCGGCGGGGGCGGGGCGGGCCCGGGCCCAGCGGGGCGGCGGGGCGGGAGCGGCGGGGGCGCGAGCACCGGCGCCGGAGGGGCGCGCGGGCCGGGGCGGGGCGGGAGCGCGGGCACGACCGCGAGGGCGGCCGCGACCCCGAGCGGGGGCCCGACCACGCGGGCGAGCCAGCCCGAGAAAAGAGGGGACAAGGAAAGGGCAGAAACCGAGAAGACACACAAGGCACGACAGGGAGACAAAAGCGACACGGGCCGAAAGACAGCCGGGAGCCGCCCGAAGAGAAGGAACGGACGGCGCCGGACCGAGCGGCAGGACGCGACGAGACGGGAGCGCGGGACAAGGGAGACCGACGAACCGGGGCGCGGAGACCAAGGGGCACGACCCGAGGAGCAAGGCAGGAGGGCACCGACGAGAACCCACCAGCAGGGAAGCCAACCCGGAACCCGGAACAACAAGGAAGGGGGCGGAGGGGAGAAAGGAAACAAGAGGAGGCAAAGAACAAGAGAAACAGGCGGAAGCAACCAAAAACAGAGAGACAAAGAAAGAGCCCGCCCAGAACCGGGAAGGCACAGGACAGAGCGACGACAAAAGGAGGACAAGGCCCAAAACGGGACAACAGAGACGGGACGGGCGCGAAAGGAAGAAGACAAGGCGAGAGAGACAGAGGGAGACGGAAAGAGGACAAAACGCCGGGGGCGCACCCCCGGCGCCGGAGAAGGCGACGCCAAGCGCGAGCAACGCGGGCGACGAGGGCGCGGACCGGCAGCACAAAAGAGAGGCAGAGCGGAGCAGGAGGACCAAAACAACAGGGACCCAGGAGGCAGCAGGGCCGACGGAGCAAGAGAAGCAAAAGGGAACGGAAAGGCAAAGAAAGGGGCACAGCAAGGGCAAAGAGGAGGAAAGGGGGGAGGGACACGAGCGGACAGGCAACAAAGACAAGGAAGCGAACGAACGCCGCCGGGCGCCCAGAAACCCGACGGGGACGCGCGGGCACAAGAAAAGAAACCACCGGCACGGACCCCCAGAAGCCCGGCAGAGGCACGGCAGGGAAGGAAAAGAAGGGAGCGAGAAGGGCGAGCACAAGAGGACCAAGGGCCGGACGGGAACGGAACCAGGCCCAAGAGAGGCCAAGAGCGCAGGACGGCCCGGACGGGAAGCGGAAGCGCGCCAACCGCCAAAACCGCAACCGACAGAGGAGAGGAAGCAAGACGAAACGGAAGCGGGAGGGAGGAAGGGGGAAGACACCACGGGCAAGCGGGACCACGGACGCGAACCGGGGACGAGAGCGAAGGAGGCAACCGAGAGGGGCGGGACCACGGACGCGAACCGGGGGGGGAGCCAAAGGCGGGCACGGGGGGGCGGGACCACGGACGCGAACCGGGACGGGAGCCAAAACCAGAGCACAGGGAAGCGGGACCACGGACGCGAACCGGGGACGGGAGCGAAGCCGGACAGAAGGAAGCGGGACCACGGACGCGAACCGGGACGGGAGCGAAGAGAAAAGCAGGGCAGGAGGGAGACAAGGGCAGAAGCGGAGGGACCGACGAGCAGACGCAAGGCGGCGAGAGCAGGCGACAAGGAGCGGACCGGCCGAAACGACGGCGGAAAAAGGGCGACGGCCCAACGACAGCCGAAAGCGCGCAAGGCGAGGGCAACACGAGGCGAAGCCGAGACGAAGGCCAAACAGACGGCAAAGCAAGAGGAGCAGAGACACCACAAGAGAGGGAGAGGCAAGAAGAGCAAGAGACAGGCGGGCAGAAGCCAACACGGGCCCGAAAGAAGGGCGAAGGCAGGAAGGAGAGAAAGGGAGCAGGCGCGACACCCGAACCCCGCCAGACGCAAGCAAAGCAAGAAACAAGGCCGAAACAGGCGCAAGCGCACGAGAGAAAGCCAGAGCCGACCGGAAAGCCGACCACGCGGGCGCCAACGCACGGGACCGGAGCGGGGCCCCGCCGAACGGGCGCCAAAGGCGGCCCCACGAACAAAAGGGGAAGCACCGCGGCAGGACGAAGAGAGGGACACGAAAAGGAGAGGGGCGGAGACGGACCCAAAAGCGGGGCGAAAACGGGAGGGGGGGCCCACAAGGGAAGCGCGAAAACGAAGCCGGGAAAACGGCCCAAAGACCGGACGAAACGAAGACCCCAAAAGGGAGCACAAACAGAGGCCGAAAACACCGCAAAGCAGCCACAACAAGGAAAAGGGCAGCCCCGGGAGCACCAAGGGCGGGAAAAACGAGACCCGGCAACCCAAACAGAGGAGACCACGACGAGCCGGGCGAAAAACGCGACAAGGGAGCCGCAAGAAGGACGCAAAACGGACCGAAGAGGAGCAAGAGCGCACAGGGCAAAAGGCAACAACAAGGCAAGCCGAAAAGCACCCGAGCAGGAGCGAAAAGCGAGGCGGACCGCAAACGAAGCCGCCCCGCGCGGGCGGAGAGCACCGCGAGAGGCCCCGCGAAAGGCGCGGGAAGGGGCCGGGGGAAGCACGAAGGGGACGCAAAAGGAAGGAGCAAGCGGAGGGGAAGGGGAAGGAAAAAAAGGGACGAAAGGCGGCCGAAAGCGGGAAAGGGCCAGAGGCCACGCCGCGGCCACGGGGCGGCGCGGGGCGCGGCCACGGCACCGCCGCGGCAAAAGGCGACAACCCGGCAAACGGAAAGGGCGAGGGGCGGACGCGGGCGGAGGCGGAAAAAGACAAACCGGAGAGGGAAGCGGAGGGGAAACGAGAGGGCGGACGCAACGGGGAAGGCGGAAGGGCCAGGGGGAGAGCGCGGCGAGGAAAAGGGGGCCCACACCCAGGAGCGGGGGAGCCAGAGGCCACAACGGCCAGCGAAAGCCGCGGGAAGGGAACAAAGGGCGGGCGAGACCAAAAGCGAGCGGCCGAAGCGAACCGAGCGGCAGAAGGGCAGCGGAGCACGACGGCCAAGAAGGGGACCAAAGGCGACCGAACAGGCAGGGCCAGCAAGGCAGAAAGGAGGGGGGCGCGACAGGAAGGCGCGAGACGAGGGAAAGAAGGCGGGAAGGGAAAAAGGACCGGAGGGCAGGACAAGAGCCACGACGAAAAGAACGGGCGGCCGCAAAGAAAGACAAGAAGGACCGGAAGGCGCAAACAAGCCGGGAAACGGGCGCGCAGCGCCGGCGCGGCGCCCAGGAGCCGCCGCGACGGGACGAGGCCGCCAACGGACCGAACAACAGGAAGGGCGCGCGAGCGCAAGCGCCGCACAGCGCGGGCGAGAAGGGCAACGGGCGCCGCGACAAAGGGCAAACGAGCAGCCAACGCGACGGCAGCAGACGGGAGCACAGGGACGCAGCAGAACAGACCGCCGCAGCAGCGAAACAGGAAAACACGGGGGGAGGGCGGAAAAGACGGAGGGAGGGCCAACGCAGAAGCAACCGCCCCAACGGCCGGAGGAGCGCAAAAGGCCAAGACCGGGGCGAAGCGGGCCCCGCCGCCCAAACCGCAGCACGCCCGGCAGGGGCGACACACGGAGGAAGACCCGGCACCAACAGAGAAGCGCAAAGGGCGACGCCCGAGCAGCAGAACGCGGGGCCGACCGGGAGCCGGCCGGAGCCUAGCCGGAAGCACCCGCACCGGAGCCAGCCGCCGGAAGCAAAGCGGACACGCGGCCGGGGCGCGGAGACGCAAACCAACCAACGGGAGAGCGACAACGCCGACCAGAGAAGGCCGCGAAGGGGCCAGCGGAAGACGCGAGGGGGAGCGGGGGGAGACGCAAACGCGGCCAAAGGCAAGACGGGGCCCACGGACCCCCAAAAGCCAGAACACAGGCCCGCAACAGAGCCGCAAGGACCGGAAGAGGACGCGCGGACGGACCAGCCGGGGGGGGGAAAGGGGGGCGAAGGGGACACGGGGCCCAACGCCGCCGGAAAAGCCCGCCAAAAGCGGGAAGGGAACGGGGAACCCCGAGCGGAAAGAGAGAAACAGGCACACCAGGAAGACGAACCACCGCCCGAAGGGAGAGACGGCAACCGCGCGGCACGGAAGGAGGAGGAACAGGAAGGAAGGGGGCGGACGGGGCAAGCGAGCCACGAGGACCCAAAGGCGGCAACACCGCGAGAAGGCCGAGGCAACCCCACAACGAAGGCCAGAGGGAGACGCGCCCACGGCCACGCCGGAAGGGGAACGCGGGAACGCGCCACCAGGCCGCAAAGGCCGGCCGACCGGCGGCAGCACAAGCAACGGAAACAAACACAAGAGCGCGCCGCAGGCCACGCCACCAGGAAGGCGGCCGCAAAGCACGAGACAGCGGCGCGGGGCCCGGAGGGAGAGAGGAGCGAGACGCAGGGGCCGCAGAAAGGAGCAACGGGA